AAGGAAUUGGUAUAUAACGUUGAAGAAGAAACAGCAACUGGGACGUACAUUGGCAACAUCACUAAAGAUUUGUCUUUAAACCAAUUCUACUCUCCCGAAGUUAUCACAAGAUUAUCUUUCACUUUUUUAGACAAACCCGUCUGUGAAAAUAAAACAUGUUUUAAUUUGAACAACGAAACAGGAGAAAUCAGCACAGCAUGCCGAUUAGAUAGAGAUAAAAUUUGUCCUAAAGCUAAAGAAUGCUUUAUUGAGUUUAAUGUGGCAAUUCAGCCACUGAACCAAACUCAAAAUAUGAAAAUUAAAAUAGUAAAAAUUAAAAUUCACAUCAAUGACAUUAAUGACAAUGAACCUGUUUUUUCUCCCAAAACGAUACAAUGUUCUAUAGCAGAAAACGCAGAUGUCAACACAGGAACGGCCAUACCAACCGCCACAGACCACGACAGCCCCGAAAAUGGAAUUCGAGAAUACUGUGACAGUCAAACCAAAUUCAAACUGCAGUGCAAGACAACAGUUGACGGUGGGAGCGAUUUGAGGUUAAUUUUAACAGACAAGCUCGAUAGAGAAACUAAGGAUUGCUACUUGUUAACUGUGUUAGCCGUUGACGGUGGCACACCAUCCAAGACUGGUUCCAUCUUAAUAAAUAUAACCGUAUUAGACGCUAACGAUAACAGCCCUGUGUUUGAAAACUCUUCGUAUGCAGUGCGUGUGCCAGAAAACACCCCAGUCGGAGCUCCCAUUUUAACAGUGAAAGCCAAUGAUAUUGAUACCGGUCUUAACGGACAAGUUACUUACGAGUUUGAAAAGUUUACAGAAACCAAAUAUGGAUCAUUUUUUUCAAUAAAACCUGAGAAAGGACAAAUUUAUUUGAAAAAUAACCUGGACUACGAAGAGACGAAAACGUUUCAACUAUACGUUUCGGCAAGAGAUAAAGGUCCCGACGCCAUUGCCGUGAUAGUUUCCGUCGAAGUCAUCGUGCAGGACGUUAACGACCACAGCCCACAAAUCGAAGUGAAGACAUUCUCGAAUGAAAAAUCAGCGAGCGUGAGAGAGGACGCAGAAAUCGGAACCUUCGUAGCGCUGCUCUCCGUCAUCGACAACGACAGUGGCCCGAACGGAAAAUUCUCAUGCGAAGUGAACGACAUGACAUUCAAGUUGAAUGAAGUUUACGUCACCGAAUUAAAAGUCCUUACGGCCAGAACGCUAGAUCGAGAGAACCAAGAAAGUUACGACUUGACAUUUUCAUGCGUCGAUCAUGGCGUGGAGCCUUUAACAUCAACCGUUCCUCUCAAAGUUAAAGUUGAAGAUGUGAACGACAACGAUCCGAAGUUUGGAGUGAAUUCGUACGUUGCAUCGAUCCGUGAGAACUCUCCCGUGGGAGCGCUGCUCUUCAGCGUGCAUGCAUCUGAUCCGGACGAAGGUGACAACGGCCGAGUGACUUAUCACGUAGACGAGGACGUGAGGGGACUCAUCAGCGUGGACGAGAGAACGGGCAGUAUUAGAAGUUUGGUCAGUUUCGAUUACGAACAGUUCCAUGAACUCAACUUCAACUUGACCGCAAAAGACAACGGCAAUGAAACAACAACAAAUCACCUGGUCGAGUUCCACCAGCAACAAACUGCAACCACACUAGUCACUAUUCGAAUAGCAGAUGUUAACGAUAACAGACCUUAUUUUGUCUAUCCUGCCUCUGAAAAUCAAACUUUGAUUAUUCCAAGCAAAACUCCGUCUGGUUACGUGAUUACUACAAUCCAAGCGGAGGAUGCCGACCUUGGAGCAAACGGGGACAUAGUUUAUCAAAUU